AUGGCUCAGGCCAGCAGCAUCGCCCCCCCCCCGCCCACCCGGAGCCCCUGCCCCUCCGGCUACACCUCCUGGUACUCCAGCUGCUACCGGCUGGUGGAGGAGCCGGCGUCCUGGGAAAAGGCCCGGGCGGCCUGCCGGGACCAGGGGGGGGACCUGGCCAGCAUCGAUAUGAGCUACGACCAGGCCUUCAUAGCCGGGGCCGUCCUGCAGGGGAAGACCGACGCCUGGAUAGGACUCCGGAGAGAGGAGGACGGCUCGUACAGCUGGUCGGACGGCUGGCCGGUGUUCUUCACCCAGUGGGGGCCCGGGGAGCCCAGCACUGUGGCGGGCGAGGGCUGCGUGAGCAUGCACGCCUCCGCCCGCUUCCACGGGACCUGGAAUGACACCGGAUGCGAACAGGCCAAAGCCUACAUCUGCAAGAUCACCUCAGAGAAGCCCCCGCCCACCCCCAGCCCCGGUGACGGGAAGUGCCUCCCGUUCUGGGUCCCGUACGGGCGCCACUGCUACGCCGUGUACGACGGGCAGCAGGGCUACUCCUGGCCGGACGCCCGCCACUUCUGCCAGUCGCUGCGCACCGAUCUGGCCUCCGUCCACAGCCGGGCCGAGCAGGAGUUCCUCCGGACCCUCAACUACACCGCCAACCACCACGUCUGGAUCGGCCUCACCAGGGACCGAAACUUCGGCUGGGGCUGGACGGACAAGACCCCCCUGGGGUUCCUGAACUGGGCCCCCGGGGAGCCCAACGCCGCCUUCCACCCCGGGGACGUGGCGGAGGAGAGCUGCGUGGAGAUGUACGCCGACGGCCGCUGGAACGACAACAACUGCCUGCAGAAGAGAGGCUUCAUCUGCCGCCACCGCCAGUAUUACACAACAGAUGACGGCAAGAACCCCAUUUUCCCCACCGACGCUCCAGGCACCAACGGGGGGCUGGUGGCCGGAGCGGUCAUCGGGGCGUUCCUGUGCGCCGGACUCAUAGCGGGACUGCUGUACUUCGCCUUCAGAGGGAGAGGAUACAAGCUGAGCGGCCUGAGCCUGCCCACCAGGGCCGGCGCCAACAUAGAAGUGCCUGCCUUCAGCAACCCAAACUUCCCCGGCCAAUCGGACACAUGA